GUACCUAGUUAUGUUCAGGCCUGAGUGCUGAGUGCCAGUAUACUUUGAGAUUUCCUCAGAGUACACGUCUAUAACUACAGAGCGAUAGUAGUGUUGGAAUCUGAGUAUAAUGGGUAACUGUUGUGAUACCAGAGUCCUACCUCAAGAAUGUACUAACACACCCUUCUCAACUGAUGACCGUCCUCGGACAAAAUCCUCACUGACCGUGGGCUCCAGAAAACGCCGGAACAUAUUUAGAAUCAUAAGAAAUAUCCACCACAAGAAUCCUGUUGUUCCCAUGGAAGCUGAAGAACAUCAAGCCCCAACUUCCUCAUCUAUACAAAAACCACAAAAUGAAACAAAAGCUAAACAUGGUGACGGUACAACUUCAGAAGAGGACGAGGAAAAGUCACCACUGCGUAGGGUUAAGGUAGCUUCUAAAAGAAGCAGACAUAGGAUUCCGUUCUUGAGAAACAAGUGUCGGAGGGGCAGUCUCCUCCCAAUGGAUGCUCAAGAAUGUGACUUUAUAGAUACAAGUUGUGAAGGAAAACCACAAGACAACCUAGAAGUGGUAGCUGAAUGCUCUGAUGGUGCAGCUUUGUCAGUGGACAAGGGGAAAGGACCAGUGAAAAUGGCAGAGGCAACAUCGAAAAAACGAAGAUGUGUUUCUGCAAUCUUAAAGAAAUUUUCUCGAAGGCGAGUGGUGGCCCCCAUUAAACUGAGAAGACCUGUAGUCCUCCCUGGCACCUCCAAAGAAACAGCACCUGUCACAACAGAAGUGGUCCCUGAAAAUGCUGACAGUGCACCUUCAGCAAGGGGACAGAAAGAGCCACCAGUAGAGAUGAUGAAGGAGGAGACUAAAAAACGUAGACACAUUUUUUCUAUCUUAAGAGGAAUUUGUCAUAAGACAACUGUAGUCCCUCAGGACACGCAGAGACUUCCAGUCUCUAAGGCUACAUCUACAAAAGCAACUGAAAUAAAAGCAAAAGACAUACCGGAGAAUACUGAGACUAUGGAGUCGGUGGAAGAAAGAAAACAGAGACGCAUUACUGCACUAUUAAAAAGAGUUGAAGAGAAGCAAGCUAUGGCCCCUCCAGAGGUUUGUGGACCACAAGUCUGUAACAUUCCUUCGCCUAAAACAAAUGUCAGGCAUGAUAAAGAGAAUGCCACUGCAGCUUCACCACUGAGCAAAGACCAUACAUCACAGUCUGUGACAAUGGUGGAACCCAAAGGAUGUAAAUUUUCUUCAGUCUUUAGAAAAUUUUAUAGGACGGACUCAAGUCCCCCCCAGGCUCCGGAGAAACCUUCAGCCCUUAAAGGUGCAUCCAAAGAAACCCAACCAACUAUUAAAACAGGAAGUCAGUGUACACCUGAAAUUAAAGAAAUAUUUUGUAAAAAAGAAGAGUUUGAAUAUCAUGAUGAGGGGUCCUGGGAAGAAUACCAAAGCUAUUUCCCACAUGGUAUCCAUGUUCCAGAUUCAAGACAAACCAUUGCUUCCACCCUGAUAGGGAGUUGUAUAGCCGAGGUGGGAGAUACAGAUAUGGAAAAAGAACAAAAUACUCUGGAUAGUACAGAGAAUUUUCCUGAAGCCAUAGAAGUCCAGCAGUGGGAAUUGAGAAAAACAUCGAACACUGUUGCUCCUGCUGUCAAUGUAUUAUUUUUAGCACCACCAACAUCUUCGGAUGACGAAGAGUAUUAUACACCCAUAAAAAGAAAGAAGAGGAGGAAAAAGAGGAGGCGCUAUUACUAAGCGAAAGCCUCCAUUAUUGCUCCAGCAGGCUGGUUCAGACCAUUCACCACUGGGGCAGGACCACCUGCUGUGCUGCUUCUCAUCUCUCUCCUUUGAUGUGACACUGCCUGCCCCCUGCCUGAGGCCACACCAGGUUCUCCAAGAUUUUCUGGAAUUAUCAGCAAACUGUGAAUUUAGGAGUUUCUGUUAAAAGGCCAUUCUGACCACUUAACUAGAAACUUGGAGUGACUGGGGGUGGGCUUCCCUCUUUAUAAAGCACAGGCAUUAUUAAACAUUUGAGCCUUGAUCAGAA